AUGCCGCCCAAAACUUCCGGAAAGGCCGCCAAGAAGGCUGGGAAAGCCCAGAAGAAUAUCUCCAAGGGAGACAAGAAGAAGAAGCGCAAGAGGAAGGAAUCUUACGCAAUUUACAUCUACAAAGUUCUUAAGCAAGUGCACCCCGACACCGGAAUCUCCUCCAAGGCCAUGUCCAUCAUGAACUCCUUCGUGAACGACAUCUUCGAGAGGAUCGCCGCUGAGGCCAGCCGCUUGGCGCACUACAACAAGCGCUCCACCAUCACCUCCCGGGAGAUCCAGACGGCUGUCCGUCUCCUCCUGCCCGGUGAAUUGGCCAAGCACGCCGUGUCUGAAGGCACCAAGGCUGUGACCAAGUACACCUCCUCCAA